AUGAACACACCGGGAAGCAGGGCUAUGGCCAUCGGCUUCACUGUCAUGCUGCUUUCUGUCAGCGUGGGCAUCCACUCCGGCGCCGGCGCCUUCGGCUUACUCCUCAGCUUCACGGGGGUUCUCGCCGGCGCCAACCUCGUCACCGUCGGCGUCCGCAUGGCCGACCACCGGGUGCCCACCGUCCUGGUGGUGUUCGAGUUCGACGGUGCACGUGCUCUCGCAGCGCUCAUGCGCCGCAACAUCGUCGUCGUUGGUCUCGUCAUGGCUUCCUGUGCCUUCACGGCGGUCUCCGGCGAGGCUGGCCCCGUGCUCUGCUUUGCCAUGUUGGCUCUGCUCCUGCUCGCGGUCUCUCUCAUCAACAUCGGAGCUCGUGGUGAAUAA